AUGUCACACCACAGCGAUGACAAUAUGCUCAUAGCUACAUCAGAUUCUUUUUGGGAGCCAGGUAAUUACAAGCGUACGACCAAGAGAAUUGAAGACGGACACAAGUUAUGUGAUAGUUUGAUAGCGCUGGUUCAAGAACGUUCAGAGAUUGAAAAAAAUUAUGCCAAAGCCUUGAAGGCCUGGUCCAAAUCGUGGAGUGAAAAAAUAGAAAAAGGCCCAGAAUAUGGCACUACUGAAGCUGCGUGGAAGAGCUCAUUGGUUGAAUCUGAUAGACUUUGUGACCUUCAUUUACGUGUCAAAGAGAAUUUGUCAAAUGAUAUUGUUCACCAAGUUAAAACAUGGCAAAAAGACACAUAUCACAAGGCUAAACUUGAAUAUCAUAACAGUUGUAAAACUGAAAGGACAGCAGCGAAUCAAGAACGUAAUGCAUCAGCAGACAGUUCAUUAUCACCCGAUCAGCAAGCUGCCCGAGGUUCUGAUAACGUGAAAAAAAUGCAGGAUCGAGUUCAGAAAACUAAAGAAGAAGUACAAAAGGCUAAAGAAAAAUAUGAAGCAGCUUUACUAGAAAUUAAUCAGUAUAACCCUAAAUACAUGGAAGAUAUGACACAAGUAUAUGAAAAAUGUCAGGAAAUGGAAGCGCAACGCCUUCAAUUCUUCAAAGAUGUACUUUUUGGUAUUCAUAAGUGCCUAAAUAUUUCACAAGAUCCAGUUCUUCCUCAAAUUUACGAAGAAUUCUUUCACUCUAUUAAUAAUGCGGACUAUGAGAAAGAUCUUAAAUGGUGGUCAAAUAAUCAUGGUGUAAACAUGGCAAUGAAUUGGCCGCAAUUCGAGGAUUACACAGAAGAAUUUCGUGAGAUCGCCAAAGGAAACAAGUCGAAAGAAGCUAUACCUGUGGGGUCAAUUACACUCAUCAAUCAAAGACCAGUCGGUGAAGAUUUGCAUGAUUUUCCACCCGUUAAUAAAGCAAGAGCAAGAGCAUCACCGCGAAUGAUUCCAUCAGAUGCGCAUCAUGCAGAUGGAAAGACGGACACAUUUGAAUCACAGUCGCCGUCGGAAAAGGGUCCUGAUGAUAAUACUACCAACAGAACUUCAGUAGUUUCAAAUGGUACGACUGCAAAGCAAGAGUCUAAUCCUUUUGAUGAGGAAGACUGGGAUGAAGAUGUUGGUGAAGCACUUGUUGAUACUGGAGAGCCUGGAGUCCCAGUGCGAGCACUCUAUGAUUAUGAAGGCGCAGAAGCUGACGAAUUGAGUUUUAAACAAGGGGAAGUUUUUGAAAAAUUGGAAGACGAAGACGAGCAAGGAUGGUGUAAGGGAAGAAAAGAUGGAAGAGUUGGACUUUAUCCAGCAAACUAUGUGGACGUGAUAUCUGAAUGA